AACCCCAGGGUUCACUUCCUCCUUCCGCAGCCACACUCUUUCUCAACAGAAAAAACAAAUUCGCUCCACCAUGUCCGCGAUCGGACGCCUCAGAGCGAUCGCACGCCUCCGAUUCCAUCACAACCGUCCAUUCGGAUCCGCCGCUGCUCUACAAUACAACUACGACGACGAAGAAGAAGAGUUCGAACAGAACGCGCCACGUGGCAUGCUUGACACGGAAGGUUCCGCGCCGGAGCGUGGAGUUCAGUGGGUUAUGAUUGGUGAACCUGGUGCUAAGAGACACGUGUUCGCUGAGAGACUCUCGAAGCUUCUAGAAGUUCCUCACAUUUCCAUGGCCUCGCUUCUUCAUCAAGAACUUAACCCUCGUUCUUCUCUCUAUCAACAGAUAGCGAAUGCGCUGGAUCAUGGAAAACUGGUACCUGAGGAAAUCAUUUUUGCUUUGUUGUCAAAGAGAUUGGAAGAUGGAUACUAUAGAGGUGAAACAGGGUUCAUUCUUGAUGGAAUUCCUAGAACAAGAAUUCAAGCGGAUAUUCUCAAUCACAUUGCUCAUGUUGAUCUAGUGGUGAAUUUCAAGUGUCCACAAGAGGAUAUAAUGAAAAAGAAACUAGGACUUCAUAAAUUUUCUCCGGGCCAAGAACAUAUUUUUACAACCAGUUCUUGGACCCCAACCAAGCAAUCACAGGACGAACAUGUUCAAAAGCGUGCAGAAGAGUCCAAGAUGUUGGAAGAUUACUACAGGAAGCAGAAGAAACUUCUAAAUUUUGAAGUCGCGGGUGGAGCGGGAGAAACCUGGAAGGGACUUCUGGCUGCACUACAUCUCCAGCAUAUUAAUGCUCUUAGUUCGUCUCAGAAAUUGACUGCAUGAAGAAAGGGCAUCAAUCUUCAUCGUGGCACCCCAUUCAUCCCUCCUCCCUUCUCGGCAUUAUAUACCAUAUGUGAAUAUGAGAGCCAAUAGAAUUUAAUGGAAAUUUUGUUAGUGUUCCAAUUAUUGGUGAUUUUGAUUUUGAAAAUUUUGAGAAUAUCUGUUUUGUAGUGCAUCUUCUUAAGUUAGAAUCUUAAGUAAGAAUCAAUCAAAUACACAAUGUAUGAGAAUAUGACCACAAAUUCUUGUAGUGAUGGUGUGAUGUUCCAUUUUUAUUUUUUUCUUACUUUCUAGAACAUAUCUGGUCCCGGAAUCAACAAGCAAAAUGACACGGUACAUUAGCUUUCAGCUUUAUUCAUGUGAUGUUCAAACUUUAGAACUUUCACGUGUUUUAGUUUCAGUUUGUUUUCUACUACAGCCAAUUAUGUUACCAAUUUGUAUUC